AUGAGCGUCAUGGGAAGUCGACUUGCUGGACAAGUAGCCGUGAUUACUGGAGCUGCUGGUGGCAUUGGUCGCAAAUCUGCUAUCCUGUUUGCCAAGCAAGGUGCCAAGGGCGUCGUGUGUGCUGACGUGAAUGUGGAUGCUGCAGCAGAGACUGCACAAUUAGUGCAUGAAGAGCUGAAAAAACUGGGCAAGACCAAUACAGUGGCCGUAGUCAUUAAAGCUGAUGUAUCCAAGGCCAAAGACGUGGAAAAUAUGAUAAAUAUGGCUGAGAAAGAGUUUGGUGCACUCCAUGUGCUCUUUAACAAUGCCGGUAUCAUGCAUAGCGCAGACGACGAUGCUAUUGCGACACAGGAGGACGUGUGGGAUCUCACCAUGAAUAUCAAUGUUAAAGGUGUUUUCCUUGGGUGCAAGUACGGCAUCCCAGCCAUGCGUCGUGCUGGUGGCGGCUCAAUCAUUAACACCGCGUCGUUUGUCGGUAUUCUGGGCGCAGCUACACCCCAACUUGCCUACACGUCUAGCAAAGGCGCAGUGAUUGCCAUGUCCCGUGAAUUGGCUACGAUCCACGCUCGUGAAAAUAUUCGUGUGAAUGCACUGUGCCCCGGUCCACUUAAUACAGAACUACUGCAAAAGUUUUUGGAUACGGAAGAGAAGAAGCAGCGCCGCUUGGUGCACGUGCCCAUGGGCCGCUUUGGAGAGGCCGCAGAAAUGGCCAAGGCGGCUUUAUUUCUUGCUAGUCAUGAUGCAUCGUACAUUACCGGGACGUCGUUCGUGGUUGAUGGUGGUAUUACGUCGGCUUACGUGACAAGCGAGGGACGUGUGGACCCAUUUGGAGGUCCAAGUGACGUAUAG